AUGAAUCAGGACAAAGCAGAAAAAUUUACAAAUAUGAUAUUAGACCGAACAAUUUUUCCACGUUCAUCUAUUAAUACAACAGCCUCGGAUCCUGAAGGCAAAUUUUUAGUCUUAAAUGUUUGUAUUGACAUGCCACCCAAGGUUACAUCUGAUGGCAAUUGGGCUAAUCAUGAUCAAGCUGCAAUGCCUAUGCAAUCCACUUUGCCAUUGUUAGAGCUUCAAAUUCUCACAAUCUUUGCCAUUACUCAAUGCUUUCAUUUGAUACUUAAGCGUCUUGGGGUCCCUUAUUUCGUUUCACAAAUCAUGGCUGGUUUAGUUCUAGGACCAUCUUUGAAGUUUUCAAAAACAUGGACUGGAUUCAAAAAUAUCUUGUUUCCAUACGGUACUGAAGAUGUAAUAAGUGUAAUAUCCCUAAUUGGAUAUGCAUUUUUCCUGUUUCUAACUACUGUGAAAAUGGACUUCACCAUGAUAACAAGAACAGUGUGUUACAGAUUCCAAGAAUUUUGGAAACUCGAGAUGGGAAAUUUUGAAGCAAAAAACCUUCCUGUUAUAGUUAUAGGGCAAAGUGGUUGUUACUUUGCUGUCAUAGCUUCUUUGCUUUCUGACCUUGAGAUUCUUAACUCAGAACUCGGACGUUUAGCACUCUCAACAGCUAUGGUUAUGGAUUCUUUCAACUCAAUUGUUACAGGAAUUGGCACAGCUUUUAUUAGCAGCAUCAAAACAGAUUCACAUGAUAAUGGGGAUGGAAAAGGAACUCUUAAAGCCUUUUUAAAUGUUUUCUAUUACUUAUGUUUUAUGGUAGUGACUCCUCUUGUGUUGCGUCCUAUAUUGAAGUGGUUUGUUAAAAAGACACCAGAAGGUAGACCGAUGAAGAAAGUAUACAUGUAUAUUGUGUUCAUUAUUGCUCUUGCAGUUGGAAUGUUGGGAUUAUUGACAAAGCAAAGUGUUUUAGGUGGAAUUUGCAUUGUUGGUCUUAUUGUACCUGAAGGUCCUCCAUUAGGAACUGAAAUGAUCAAGCAAUUGGAAUUGUUUUGUAGUUGGUUCCUUUUUCCUAUUUUUGUCACAAGUUGUGCUAUGAAGAUUGAUCUUAGUGUAUAUGUUAAAAGCGACUAUAUUUAUGUUUGGCUUGGCAUUAUUGUUGCUGUUCAUUUGUUCAAGAUGCUGGUGACCAUUGGAAUUUGUUGGUAUUGUAACAUGCCUAUGGCUGAUGGUUUGUGUCUUGCUCUGAUGUUGAGUUGUAAAGGUGUUGUGGAUUUUUGCAACAAUGUGUUUCUUCAUGAUUCCAUGCUUUUGAGCAGUGAAGCACUAUCCGUUUUGAGUAUAAAUGUGUUGGUGAUUGGAACCUUGGCACGCAUUGGUGUGAAGUACUUGUAUGACCCUUCAAGGAAAUAUGCAGGUUAUCAAAAGCGUAACAUCUUGAGCUUGAAACCAAACUCAGAACUUAAGAUAGUUUCAUGCAUCCUCAAACCAAGUCACAUAAUUCCCAUAAAGAAUGUUCUUGACAUUUGCAGUCCAACAUCAAGCAAUCCAUUGGUAAUUCAUAUCUUACAUCUCUUGGAGCUUGUUGGAAGAUCUUCUCCCGUUUUCAUAUCGCACCGGCUUCAAGAAAGAGUUGGUUCAAGUUCCCACACUUUCUCUGAAGCUGUCAUCGUUACUUUUGAUCUUUUCGAACAUGACAAUGCUGGUACUGCAUCAGUGAGUACCUACACAGCUAUAUCGCCAGUGCGUUUCAUGCACGAUGAUAUUUGUUAUCUUGCAUUGGACAAACUUGCAUCCAUCAUCAUUCUUCCUUUUCAUCUGAGAUGGUCAGAGGAUGGUUCUGUUGAAUCAGCGGAUGAGACCACAAGGUCUUUGAACACCAAGGUUCUUGAAAGAGCACCUUGUUCGGUAGCGAUCCUUGUGAAUAGAGGACACUCUUCUCCAUUCAACCACAAUGAGAAUUCAAAGCAAAUUGCCAUGAUUUUCUUAGGAGGUUCAGAUGAUAGAGAAGCAUUGUGUUUGGCUAAAAGGACAAUCAAAGAAGAUACUUAUCACUUGGUUGUGUAUCACUUGGUUUCAACAAUCAAGAAUGAUGAAUUCACUAGUUGGGAUGUUAUGCUUGAUGAUGAGUUACUAAAGGGUGUUAAGGGAGUUUAUGGUAGUGUAGAUAACGUGACAUAUGAAAAAGUAGAAGUCGAAAACACUUCUGAUACCACAGAAUUCAUCUCAGAUAUAGCGAUUCAACAUGAUUUCAUUAUAGUUGGGAGGCGAAAUGGCAUCAAAUCGCCUCAGACACAAGCACUUGCAUCGUGGACUGAGUAUCCAGAGUUAGGUGUGUUGGGAGAUUUGCUUGCUUCACCCGAUACUAAUACCAAAGCUUCAAUUUUAGUUGUGCAGCAACAAGUAAUGCCUAAGGCGUCAUAA